ACACCGUUCCAUCGCUCAUUCACAGCAUUAAUUCAUCACAGCCUCGACAUUCCUUUCCCUCUCCUUCCUUCUUUCUUUCUGCAUUUAACUUGUUUCGAUAUGGAGGUGGAGAGUUUCCAAGAUCUUGCUUAUAAUGGCGGGACAACCCAGCAGCUGCCACCGCAGUUCAUCCGUCCAAGCCACGAACGCCCUGAAAACACCAAAGCCAUCGAAGGCGUCACCGUGCCCGUCGUGUCUCUAUCUCAGCCGCACGAAGUGCUCGUCGAUCAGGUUUCCAAAGCGUGCAUGGAAUGGGGGUUUGUAAUGGUUACGAACCACGGGAUCUCUUCGACCUUGAUCCAACGGCUGAAAGAGGUGGGAGAAGGAUUCUUCGCUCUCCCGCUCAAGGAAAAACAGGCUUACGCCAAUGAUGCCGCGAACGGAAAGUUUGAAGGGUAUGGGACGAGGAUGAUUAAGAACCCGGAUGAGAAGACCGAGUGGCUUGACUACUUCUUCCACCUCGCUGCACCGCCGGCCAAGGUCAACCCUCAAAUCUGGCCCAAACAUCCUCCUUCCUACAGGAGAAGUGACAGAAGAGUACAACAAAGAGAUUCUGAAGCUGACAGACAAGAUCCUAGAAUUGCUAUCAGAAGGAUUGGGGCUGGAACCAAACACGUUGAAAUCAAGCUUAGGAGGAGAAGACAUCGAAGCCGAGAUGAAAAUCAACCACUACCCACCUUGCCCGCAACCUGAGUUGGCUCUUGGAGUUGAACCUCACACAGAUAUGUGUGCCCUCACCCUUUUAGUCCCCAAUGGCGUCGCUGGGCUUCAGGUUUGGAAAGAUGGGAACUGGGUUGCUGUUGAUUGCCUCCCCGGAGCCAUUUUGGUUCAUGUUGGGGAUCAAAUUGAGGUUCUGAGUAACGGCAAGUACACUGGAGUGCUUCACAGGACUUUGGUGAACAAGGAGCGCACUCGCAUGUCAUGGGCCGUGUUCAUUGCGCCUCCACAUGAUAAAGUAAUUGGGCCUCUUACUCAGCUCGUGGAUGAUGAUCAGAGCCCACCAAAAUAUUCUACCAAGACUUUUGCUGAUUACCGAUACCGCAAGAUUAAUAAACUUCCACAGUGAAAAUUAUGAUGGUUUUUUUACCUAUUUUUGCCUCGGUUCUGGAAUGGAGAGUGGUCUCCCAUAGUUAAUACGUUGCUGUUCUCCUUAUAAUAAUAAGUCGUCAUUCACAAUUCCCAUGGUUAUGUGUACUUAAUUACUGUUUGAGUAUACAAGUAUUUGGUAUGCAAGAAAAGGAAGUAAUUGAAUCGAUG